GGCGGUGGCUUUUAGGUUCAUCUGCUUGAUUUAUACGGCUCGCCAACACACUGUUCAAUGCCUUUCGGAUGAUCUUAAAAGAUCAAAUCAAAGGACUUGGCCACAGUAGACCACAGUGGGGCGAAUACCUGCAUGCUUAUUCCUGAUGGCGCUGUACUGACAAGGUUGUUCUUCUGUUUUUAGCGCCUAUCUACCUGUGAGACCCAACACGUGGAAGCGCCCAUGGUAUACUUUGGGUAGUUCUUGCGAACCAGAUUGACACAAUGGCACCAACGCUACCUAACAUCCCACUAGCGUCGAUAAGCCCCGGCAGAUGCGGUCCAGGACGCUGAGUCUUCCGACCCAUUGAGGGGUAGUCAGCUUUUAUUUUUUUCUCGUAGAAGCUGGAACCUCUUUUUCCUUCUCUUCCACCUCCAACUUUUGAUCUCAGUUGUACACAAUGGCUGUUGUGUCUAAACAGGAUGCGGCUCGCUUCGAGACCACCAAGCGCCUGCUCACGGGCUUGGUGAACGAGGGCCUGGCACAUGCUGCCAUCAAUGGCCAAACUUUGCGUUUGACCGGCCCUACUGCUGAUGAAAAAUACAUUACUGUGUCGUUAAAGACCGUUCCAGCCAACUUUGCAGGCUUCAUUCGUCCUGAAAUGAUGCAGCAGCCCGUCAUGCUUGGAAACGGUGCCUCAGAAUACCCAGAACUUGAUCCUGGUGCCAUCUUCCUCUUCGCUACACCUUGGUUUGCUCAAGAUAUCGAUGAUGAGGCAAAGGAACGAGUUUCCAAAGAAUUGUCCAACUCUGCUUUGUUCCAAGAAAAGUGGCUUGAGCUUUGCGCUGCCAACAAGCCGCUUAGCAUCAAGUCGUCCUUUAUGGAUUGGGAACAGAGCGUUGUUUAUGGCCACCCGAUUCAUCCUCUGCACCGCUCGUGCUUCGCUCUGCCACCCUUGUCUCCAGUCUCUCCCAACGACAUCCCCGAACUGCUCCGGCCCAGUGUGUCUAUUAUUUCUGUCCCGCGAAAUGCCGUCAUCAUUACUGGCCCUUUUGAAAAGAUGAUGAAGCCACUUAUGCGAAAGUUGGAUAUUCCAGCCAUUGCUGACGAUCGCGCUGCUCUCAUCUGCUUCACUCGACAGCUUCCCUCGAUCCACGCCCGUUUCAGCGACGUCCAGAUAUUAAAACAAGUUGGGGAUCAAUUUGAAGCGCAAUGCAGUAUUCGAUCUCUCUCAACAAUUCCGGAGCUUCAAUUCCCUUACCAGAUUAAGCUACCUCUCGCGGUCCAAAUCACCUCUGCCAUCCGCACCAUUACACCUUGGACCGCCAGCACAUCGCCCAUCAUUACCAAGAUUCUAGACGAGUUAGAACCACAACUGCCAGAGUCUCUGUGGCUUUUCAGAGAGGAAGCGGCUUUCUGCGGUAGCCAAAGCGACUUUGAUGACGCUAAGCACUUGUCAUGUAUUCUGAGAGACGACCUCGAGCCCAAGGCUGCUGCAAAUGGGGAGUCGCUCAUCAUCGCAACAUCCCUUUUUGAGCAGCAACCUGGUGAUCGCAAAACCCGCGCCGAAGUCGUAUUCAACUUGGAUACCGAAGAGCAACGACUAGCCUGGUUUAAGAGCUAUGUCAGAAGCUUGUUCAAGACUGUGCUCUUACCCGCCAUCACGCUUGGUAUUGCUUUUGAAGCACACCAGCAAAACUCUGUUCUUCGCGUAUGCAAGACUACAGGCGAAAUCAAGGGAUUCGCUAUCCGCGACUACGGCGGUAUUCGCAUGCAUAGACCAACCCUGACGAAACACAACAUUGCAAUGGAUUGGGAGCAACCUGGAGGUAUCAUGAUUACUGACGAUAUUGGCUACAUCUGGGACAACCUCCAUCACGCUCUUAUAUCCAAUCAUAUUGCCCACCUUGUCUACUCGCUCCGAGUAGAUGCCCUUGGUGGAUGGGGUAUUGUGCGGGAUGAGAUUAGUGCUCUGCUGGGUGGCUACGCAGCUGGUUCUCUCGGCAACCAGCUUCUUACUUUCCUCUUGCGCGACAAGAUGAACCUAAAGUGCUUCCUUAGAAUGCGCUUCCAAUCCGUCUACAGAUCGAACGUCGAGAAGGAGGUUAAGAAUAUUCUUUACAGCUAAGUAUUGUAAUUAGAUGGGGCCGAAAUGUAUAGAAUGAAUAGAAAGGCAUAAUGAAAAUAAUGAUUAUUAUUAUUCCU